AUGGCCGAGAAACAUGAGACUCCUGGCGCAAUUCACGACAUUAAGGCCGAAAAUGGCCUUCCACCUCGCUACUUCUGCUCCAGCUUCUUUGCCUUGCCGGCUCCGCUCCUGGCCAUCAUCAACCAGAACAUUGGCCCUAGCGCCGACAUCUCCUAG